AAUAAUGAAUUUAGGUUAAUAUUCAGGACAGGAGUGUUGGUUGGCUGUUGGCAUAUAUCAACCUUGAGAUUCACGGCAGCCGCAACACAACGCCAACAGGUAGAGAGAGACAGGACAGCGCGUCUUAAAUUGGAAUCAGAAACGGAAAGAGCCUUUCAUAAACAAAAAAUAAAAAAGAAAAUAAAACAGGGAGAGAGAGAGAGAGGGCGCAUCCUUAGGAACAAAAGAUAUUUUUGUAUCCAUCCCAUCCCAUCCAAAUUUGAAGGCGUGUUUGUUGUGUGUGGCGUUUAGGGUUUCUCGAUCUUCGUCAAUAAUCGUCGUCUCCAUUUCAGUCGGGGUUUUAGUCUUCCUCUUUCCAAUACACUACAUACAGGGUGAGGGCGUGAUCUCUUGGAAGCAUGCGAACUUCAUGGGCUGAUUUGGCUGCCAAUUCGGCGCCUGAAAAUGCGGGAACCUCUAACUCCACAGCUCCUUCGCGGCCGGUUUAUGUGCCUCCGCAUCUGAGAAACCGUGGACCAUCGGAAUCCCCUGCUCCACCACCUACAUCAAAUAAUAAUAAUAAUAAUAAUAAUAAUAAUAAUAAUAAUAAUAAUAAUAAUAAUGCGGGAUCACGGUGGGGUGCUCUGCCAGCCAGAAACGGAUGGGGCAACAGAAGUUGUGGUAGUUGGGAUCGGCGCGAAGUGAAUCCCUUCGGGGAUCAGGAGGAGGCAGCAGCAGCGUUUGGCGGCGAGGAGCAGCAGGAAAACACGGGAAUUAACUUCGAUGCGUAUGAGGACAUUCCGGUGGAGACGAGCGGUGAAAACGUGCCCCCGGCUGUGAAUACUUUUGCGGAGAUUGACUUGGGCGACGCGCUUAGUCAGAACAUUAGACGCUGCAAAUAUGUGAAGCCAACGCCGGUUCAGCGGCAUGCCAUACCGAUAUCCCUUGCGGGACGGGAUUUGAUGGCUUGUGCGCAGACUGGUUCCGGAAAGACUGCAGCAUUCUGUUUCCCAAUCAUCAAUGGGAUUAUGAGAGGCCAAGCCCAACCCCUCCAGAGGCCCCCUCGCGGCGUCCGCAUAGUCUACCCACUUGCCCUUGUUCUCUCACCAACUAGGGAGCUAUCCAUGCAGAUACAUGAAGAGGCUAGAAAGUUUUCAUACCAGACAGGGGUUAGGGUCGUUGUUGCUUAUGGUGGAGCUCCAAUUAAUCAGCAGCUCCGGGAACUUGAGAGAGGGGUGGAUAUCCUUGUUGCAACUCCAGGAAGAUUGGUAGAUUUACUGGAGAGAGCUAGAGUUUCAUUGCAGAUGAUCAGAUAUUUGGCCUUAGAUGAGGCAGAUAGAAUGCUGGAUAUGGGUUUUGAGCCACAAAUAAGGAAGAUUGUAGAACAAAUGGACAUGCCCCCAGCAGGUGCCAGACAGACUAUGCUGUUCAGUGCUACAUUUCCAAAAGAGAUACAGAGACUUGCCUCUGAUUUCCUUUCAAAUUAUAUUUUUCUGGCUGUUGGAAGAGUGGGCUCAAGUACUGAUUUAAUUGUCCAAAGAGUUGAGUAUGUUCAAGAGUCUGACAAGAGAAGUCACCUCAUGGAUCUUCUUCAUGCACAGAAGGCAAACGGUGUACAAGGAAAGCAAGCUUUGACUUUAGUUUUUGUGGAGACAAAGAAGGGAGCUGAUUCUCUAGAGCACUGGUUGUGCCGUAAUAGUUUUCCAGCAACUACUAUUCAUGGUGACAGGACACAACAGGAAAGAGAAUUGGCAUUAAGGUCAUUUAAAAGUGGCAACACCCCCAUAUUGGUUGCAACUGAUGUGGCUGCACGUGGUCUUGAUAUUCCUCAUGUUGCCCAUGUGGUUAACUUUGACCUUCCUAAUGAUAUUGAUGAUUAUGUACACCGAAUUGGAAGGACAGGGCGAGCAGGAAAGAAAGGCCUGGCAACUGCAUUCUUUAAUGACAACAAUGCAUCCCUAGCAAGGGCUUUAGCAGAUCUGAUGCAAGAAGCAAAUCAAGAAGUGCCUGAUUGGCUCUCACGGUAUGCUGCUCGCUCUUCCUUUGGUGGUGGAAGGAACCGUCGAUCAGGAGGAAGCCGUUUUGGUGGCCGUGACUUUCGAAGAGAGGGUUCUUUUAGUAGGGGUGGUUCUGAUUACUACAGUGCAGGAAACAACAGUAGUGGAUAUGGCAAUUCUGGUGUGUAUGGUGCAGGAUACGGUCCUGGGGUAACCAGUGCUUGGGACUGAUUUUCAACCUGAUAGCAUUAUAUACUGUCUUGGGUAUUAGGUGCAGACAUACACCUAGGGUGAUUUUUCUCCCUUUUUUGUCUUCUUUUUAAGUUUAUGGUCUUUAAAUUUAUUUUUACCUUGGUGUUUCAAGCCUAUUCAUUUUGUGCGGUUUAUAAUGCUAAUCACUAAAGGGAGAUGUGGGUGUGUAUGUGGCAUCAUUACCGCAUCAGUAGAGGUCGUGCAGUGUCAGUAGGUGUUGGCAAUGGCGAUUACUAACUUAUUAGGAGUUCUUUAACAACUUUCUGUACUCUUCAUUUUGGGUGGUUAUUUUGGUGGGAGAAAGGUUGUAGAAUACGCUGUGGGAAAGGUGGUGGCAUUUCUUUACAGUCGUAUCUAUUUAUCUCUUGAUCAUGUUUCUACCCAACAUAUGUUGUCAUCUUGAUUUCCCCAUUUUGGUGGGCUAAGGUUUUGUAAUAUUUUAGUGGUGACUGAAAUGAAUGAAAAGUAUUCUUGCCGGAUGUAUGUAUUGACAUAUUUGUGUGGAAAUAUCUGUUCAUGGUGUC